AUGCCAGAUCAGGCAGUUUACGCGAACGCAUUCGUCCAUCGUCCACAAGUUCGUCAAGGGCCCGACAUCCCCUACAAGAACGAGGCAGGCUCGAAUCCCGUGCUUCGAGGGUUCCCCUUAGCUGCUGUAUCCAAAAUCAUUUCGUCGUCCGACUGGCUGCAAAGCCUCCUCUGGAAACUAAAUGGCUUCGACAAGAUCAAGGACACUAAGUAUCUCGAUGAAUAUGAGAUUCGACUCGACCCAACGGUCGUGCCUCGAUCCGCUACCUCUGAAGAUUUCGUUUCCAGCCUGACAGAACUACCGCUGCCCCGGCCUCGAGCUUCGAACACAAACUACUACACUUGCGCCGACUACCAUGAGUUAUACAAGUCUGGCAAAGUCACCCCCUCCGACGUGAUUGAAUCCCUACUGCCCCUGAUCCGACGAGAUACCCAGCCCGCUGGUCAAUACUCUGUUGCCUUCAUCGACUCCAAGGUCGACUUGGUGCGAGCUGCUGCGAAGGCGUCAACCGACAGAUAUCGAGCUGGCAAUCCGCUGAGUGCCCUGGAUGGCGUGCCGCUGGCGGUGAAAGACGAGGUGGAUCUCAAGGGAUACAAAAAGACCCUGGGCAGCAAGCUUGAUUUCACCGACAAAGAAGACCGUACAUCAUGGUGUGUGCAGAAAUGGCAGGACGCAGGCGCUGUGAUCAUCGGAAAGACCAACAUGCAUGAGGUCGGCUUGGACACCACCAACAACAAUCAGACUUGGGGGACUCCGUUGAAUCCACACAAUAAUGGCUAUUAUACUGGCGGCAGCUCUGGUGGCUCUGGUUUCGUCGUUGCCGCUGGUAUCUGCCCGAUCGCACUCGGGGUUGAUGGCGGCGGUUCGAUUCGAUUACCUUCGGCGUUCUGCGGUAUCUACGGGUUGAAAACCACCCAUGGCCGCGUAUCAGCCAGAGUUGGUAAGGACUGGGUGGACAGCGUCGUGGUUCACGGUCCCAUGGCUUGCAGCAUCGAUGACCUCGCCCUGGGCUAUCGUGUAAUGGCUCAACCUGAUCCCGGCGCAAUGAGAAGCUCUGGUUUUCCCAACAGUUUGAUCAAGAAACUACCCAGUCCAACAAAUGGAAAGAAGUAUAUAGGGAUUGAUCGAAGCUGGGUCAAUCGUUCGGACAAAGUGGUUCUGGACAUGUUCAACGCCGCCGUCGAUGGAUAUGUCAAGUCUCACGGUUACGAAGUGGUCGAUAUCAAGAUCCCCUAUCUUCCGGAAGGACAGAAAGCGCAUGCCUUGACCAUUUUGUCCGAGAGCCGCAGCCAACUUAGCCGGCAGAAGGUCUCCAAACUGUCGUGGCACAACCAAUUGCUCCUCAAUGUGGCAGGAUCCCACGCGACCGCCCAAGACAUGAUAUUCUCCCAAAAACUGCGCAAUCUUCUGAUGUGUCAUCUGGCCUGGCUGUGGAAUGAGUAUCCGGGGAUGGUGAUCCUGACGCCGACGACGCCCUGCGCGGGAUGGAAAAUCGGCAAACCGAGCGACAUCACCAGUGGCUACGGCGUGAGCGACGGCGACAUGAGCUUGAGGACCAUGGAAUACGUCUACCUGGCGAACUUUACGGGGAACCCGGCCAUCACCUGUCCAAUGGGAUAUACGGAUGAGAAUGUCCCUGUUGGUCUUAUGGCCAUGGGCGACUGGGGCAGCGAGGAGCAUCUGAUCGCCUUUGGAAAAGAAGGCGAAUCCUUCCUUGCCGGCGGGAACGGGAUUCGGCGCCCGAAAGAUGAGGAGAUGUGGAUCGACGUCCUGGCCGGGAAGAACUCUGAGGAGUAA